AUGUCACAAGGAAUGCUUUCUAAUUUAUUUCUAUUGACAUUUUCCCGGGAGUGACCUUUCUUUCUGAGAGUGAAAAACGCAAGAAACUCUUGUUUUUAUGACUAUGUCAUUUUCUGAAAGAACUUAUUUUAGGAAAUUUGUGCAUGUAAGUUGAAGAUUAAACUGUGUUUACUCUGAAAACAUCCUGAUAAACGCUAAAAACUUACGUAGGCCCAUGCACAUGAUCAGUGUACUGUACAGCUGUAUGUAUGUUACAUUUGUCAUUACAAUAUACUAUAUAGUUAUGUGCAUGAACUUAUAAGACUACAAAAUAUGCUUAAUAUGCAAAUUUACUUUUUGCAAAUAAUAGAAACCUUGUCCAUGACACAGUGACACAAGGAUUGUAGAUGUCUAGUAAGACCUGUUUUGGAGUACGCACACACUGUGUGGGACCCCUAGCCUAUAACCAACAGAAAGACAUUGACAGGCUGGAAAUGACAACGACGGGCUGCUAGAUAUGUCACCAACACUUACAGACGGACAGGUAGUGUCACCAGGUUACUAGAGCACCACGGUUGGACGUCGUUGAAAGACGUAACACAACAAGCAAUACUAUAUGUAUGCUGUUCAAGAUCCACCACAACCUCGUGUAUACCAACUCCGACAUGCUUAUUACACCCAGCAGACUGUCGAUGGAUUCACACAGCCUUUCUUUCCGAAUUCCAUCAUGUGGUAGUGACUUCAGGAAGUUCUCGUUCUUCCCACGCACCAUCAGGGAGUGGAAUCCUUACCAGCUGACACUGUCACCUCAGAUGACCUAGAGGUCUUCAGAUCUCGGUUAUCUGUGCCGCUUGCCUAAUUUCCAUCUUUUUAUCCUGUUUUUAACCAAUUUUUAACCAUGUACACUCCAAAAACAAAAAUGUCAUUAUAAUCAACGUGAUGAUUGUGGACUUGGAAGAAGCAGAAGAUGCUUUUCAAUUGGUAUCAAGCUGUACAUUGAUUGCAGAUGAAUGAAGACGGAAAAAAGAACUAUAUUCAGCGUAGUGCUACACUAUGAUAGAUGGAGGGAAUGAACAAACAGAUUCUUUUCGCCAUCAAGAAGAAUGAUGUGGAAAGAGUGUUACAGGUCGCUGUCAUGCCAGGAUGUGAUGUCAACUUUGUGUCUGCCAGGAAACUCACUCCUCUUCUGUAUGCUUGUAAACAAGGUGGUGUAUCUACCCUGUUAAUAGAGAAGCUAGUAGCUUAUGGUGCCGACAUAGAAUACAAAGAUAAGGAGGAAAAGACUCCGUUCUUCCAUGCUUGUGCCAAAGGAAGCAGGGAGCUCAUCCGUACCCUGGUCAGGGUGGGCUGCAACAAAAACAAGCCUAAUAUACACGGUGACCGGCCGAUACAUGAGGCGGUGAUACACGGUAACUUGGAGGCUCUCCUAGAACUUUUAGAUCAGGGCGUCAGCAUCAACGAGGGCAACCGCAUCACUGGUCACACUCCCCUGCACCUGGCAGUUCUGCAUGAGCAGACAGAUGUGGUUGACUUACUCCUACAGAAAGGAGCUCCACCUGACAAAGUUACAUCGGAGGGAGAGACUGCCCUACACUAUGCCGUACAGAUAUCAUCGCCUCGUAUUAUCAAACUACUGGUUAAAAGUGGAGCAGAAAUCAACAAAUUCAAUAAUUGUGGUGAGACACCCUUCAUCAUAGCUGUCCAGGAGGAACAAGUCAAGCAUGCUCAAACACUCGUGAAUUGUGGCUGUGAAAUGGAGAAACAUAAGUACAGUUCUGCCAUGAGUAUCGCCUGUUCUAGGAGCAGUUACAAGAUGAUAAAGUACCUACUGUCAGAGGGCUACUGUGUACACAGGGACCAAGCCUUCAUUGCUUGCUCGUUCCUUGUGUUGGAGGAAAAGCAACCAGACCUUGUAGAUUAUCUCCGGUAUCGCUGCCUCAACCCCCUUACGCUGAAAGAGAUGACACGGAUUUAUCUGCGGAGGCGGUUUAAAGAUGAACUUAAAGCAUCCAUCCUGCAUACUGGUCUUCCGACUCAACUACAGCAAUGGGUUGUGUCCAAUAUCAUUUACUGAGUCAUUUAUUAAUGAAAAGUUUGUUUUAUAGUGGUUUAUUGUUUAAAAAUAAUUCUCUGGGUUUUGUCAAUCUAAUUUUUAUAUCCUUAAUUACAUUAUGAUUUGAGUUUCUAAGCUAAGUAAAGGUUUUUGAAUCUUUUAUUAAAUGAUGCCCAGUUAGGUAUAACAUGAUGAAUACCUUGAUUGAUGAUGCUGCUGAAAAAUUGUAACUUUACAGAAAUGUUCUAGUAUUACAAUGAUAAACCUGUCCUGUGAACCAAAAAAGAAUCACUUAGAGCAGGGCUGCUUUCAGGAAUAUGCACACAUGAAGAUCUCCAUAGAUUUUUUUUUAUCUAAGACACUAGUCUACAGAGACAGUGUCUAUAGAUUUGUAUUGUAAAAUUUUGUGUCUCUUUCUUAGAAGUGCAAUAUUAUUUUCACAUGUGACUUUUUUAAGUAAAUUUUAGGAUUUGUGAGCCUGAAACAAAUCUGAAGAAAAAUGAGAUUUAAUGAAACAACAGCUAUCUUGGCCCUUCGCUUGUGCUUCAAAAUUGAACAGUUUUCAAGUUGUUCAAGAUAAUCAAGACUGUCUCACAUUGAUAAUUUACUAUGAAUAUUGAUUAAGUAUUACAAAAACUGCUUGUUUAAGGUUUUCUAGGUAAGACAAAGUGUACCUUUAGACAUCUUAUAUGUUCACUAGUUUGUCUGCUGUUGAACCUUGUUUAUCGGGAUUGACAAUUUCAGAAAAUUAAACUAUUAUACUUUUGCAGUUUAUAUGACUUCAAUAUGAUAUGUUUUCUUUUUAUGUUAUACCUUUUCUUGUCUUUUAUUUUUAUGAUAGUGUAUAAAAACCUUUGUUAAAGGCCCUUAUCCUGACACAAGUGUGGUUUCACACCUGAAUGGUGUCAAAUUAACUCAUUCACCCCUGAAAUUUCAUAAUCAACUAUUCCAACCUUUGAAUUGGAAGAGUGCAAAUGGUUCUUCAGGGUUGAAUGAGUUAAAGUUGACCAUGCAUGUAUGGUCAUUGAACCAUGUCUGUGAAAGUUGAACCAAAAACUUUGCCAUUAACAUUCCUUGCACUUGAGAUCAUAUUUAUACAGAAUGUGUUGAAUUGUUGCCAAAAAUAAUCAUUGACCUUAAGAAACUCUCCCAGGUCCAAAAUUGGUUUCUAGAUUUGAGAGUACAAUUACUGUUGUCAAUAUCUGUAAUUAAAAAUGUCUGUCCAGAUUGUGAAAUGAUGGUAAUGAAGCGUAUAUUUGUGGAUGUAUUCCAUUUGUGUUACAGAACUUUAAUGAUUUCACUUACAUGACAUUUCUAACUUGUGAAAUACUUUACACCAGGAAAUUUUCGCCCAGUCAAACUUUCGCCCUGCGCCGAUGAAAUCGCGCGGUGUUUAUUCCGCCUUCACCAUUAACUUCUCUGUUUGUUAUGCUGUUUACUUAUAAUUGCUGUAGUGAUAAGUUCACCCUCGCUACGAAAGGCAGAAAGGUGGAAACUUAAUUGCAGCGAAAAUUUCCCGGUAUACAUUAUUAACGAAAUCAAACACUAGUACUUGCACAUACACAUUCCGGGUACUGUAGUUAAUUACACAUUUGAGACAUUCGAAUAUUUCCUUGUUUCCAGUAUUUCAAAAUAAAAAUUUUGAGAUGUUUUCCAUAUUUUCUGUCGUUAAGUGCAAUACAUAGAAAAAAACCAUGAACAAUUGGUCAGUGUCUCCAAAUACUUUUAAAUUUAUUAUGUCAAAUUUUUUGUUAAAAGUAUUGUGAUUAAUGAGUUAUCAUGAUUUGUCAAAGUUCAUAUGUUUAGGUUAUAGCUGGGUAUAUGUAUGCUGUAAUGUAACAAUACAAGAUACAAUAUACAUACAAUAUACAAGAUACAAUAUACAAGAUACAAUAUACAA